UUCUCGAAACUGCUUAUGCAGCUACGAAACCAAAUGAAAGCACCAAUAUAUGUCUAUUAUGAACUAGAUAACUAUUACCAAAAUCAUCGAAGGUAUGUAAAGAGUAGAAGUGAUAGACAGCUUCUUCAUGGAUUGCAGUACAAGGACACUAGUUCCUGCAGACCCAUAGAGUCGAGCAAUGGUCUCCCUGUCUUACCUUGUGGGCUAAUUGCAUGGAGCUUGUUUAAUGAUACGUUCACAUUUGAUGUCAAGGCUGGAAAGUUAAACGUCAACAGGAAGAAUAUUUCUUGGAAAAGUGACCGAGAUCACAAGUUUGGCAAUGAUGUUUACCCAUUUAAUUUCCAGAAUGAUACCUUAAUUGGUGGAGGAAAACUUGAUCCAAGUAUUCCUCAGCUGAGCGAACAGGAGGACCUCAUUGUUUGGAUGCGUGUAGCUGCACUACCCAAUUUUCGGAAACUUUAUGGUGUGAUUGAGAAUGAUAUAGAUGCUGAUGAAGUUAUCACGAUUCAACUUUCUAAUAACUACAAUACUUACAGUUUUGGUGGGAAGAAAAAACUGGUUCUGACGACUUCAAACUGGCUGGGAGGCAAAAAUAAUUUCCUCGGCUUAUCCUACAUUGCCACAGGUUUCUGCAGCAUUCUAGUUGCCAUUCUGUUUGCCUUAAUUCAUGUGAAAUUCCCAAGGCCUCAUCGCGAUGCAUCAUACUUACACUGGAACAGGAAAAGCAGCGCCACGUCCAGGUAAACAGACCCUGAAAAGUGCAUGGCGUUAUACUCUCAUGAUUGGCUUCAGUGCAACAUGUUUCUUUUCAUAUUUUCUUUUAAAUGGCGGAUGGAAGAGAAUGAUUCAGUUUCAUGGCUUUCAUUGAACCAAGCCCUUUUCAGGAUCACAAAAACCACCUUAUUUUUCUGUAAGUAUAUUUUGUUGGAUCAUGUGACUUUUCAUGAUAAAUAAGAGGUUUUAAAUUGUUGAUUUGUUGGUCUCCAUUCUUGUUUGUUAUUU